CCACAAUGGAGAGCGGCGAUACUGUCGGAACCGGAGAUUACGACGUUGAAACGAAGAGGGAGAACCUGAAAUCGUUGCUCUCUCAACUACUCGCCGACCCCAUUCUCGCCGACGUUCCGAAGAAUCCAACACUUUCGGAUGUCGUCACUCUCGUCAGCCUUGAAAAGGGAAGCGCUAUGCGCCUCUCCAUCCUCAAACUCGACGGCUCCUCCUUGGAUUUGGCCGUCAUGAAUUCAGCUACUUUGAAGGAUCUGAAGCUUUUGAUUAAGAAGAAAGUUAAUGAGAUGGAGCAAGCAAACAUGGGUCAUCGUCACAUCUCUUGGAAGCAUGUAUGGUCAAACUUCUGUCUUUCGUGUAAUAACGAGAAGUUGCUUGAUGAUGAGGCAGUUCUUCAAGAUGUCGGAGUACGGAACAACUCUCAGAUCGCAUUUGUUCCAUAUGUGAUGAAGAAGGGUCCGGGAAGACACUCAAAGAGGAAGAAACAUCGUCUGUUUCGUUCACUCCACAAGACUUGUUAGAUAGUAUCGAUACUGAUGGGUAUUGCCUAUUGCGCCUUCUGAUGAUGCACCAGCAUACUUCAUAAACAAGUAGAGUGGAGAAUAGCAAACGACAACUGGUGAUCUUGUUGAAGCCUUAUGCUCCUGAUGCCACCAACAUAUGGUGGGGCUCAUCUUCAUUAGAGUGCUUGAGGGAGUUGGUUUAGCUGAUAAUAAUCCGGUUCAGUCUAUGGACUUUGUGUAUAUAAGGUGUAAACUGUUGGUCCUAGUGUGCAUAACAGAAGACAAAUGUUGUAAAUUUCAUUGCUAAUCUGGUUCCCCAAUAACAAAACAUAAAUUGUUAUAUUUGUAAAUAAGCCGGUUCAGUGUUACAAUCCAUUUACAUC